AUGGCCAGCUCCGAGCACGCGCUCGAGGCUCUACCUCCUGGCUCUACCGACCCCUCUGCAAACCCACAUCGCCCACGCUUCUCCUGGUCCGUCUUCUGGUCGUACACUGGCCCCGGUUGGCUCAUGAGUAUGGCCUACUUGGACCCUGGAAACCUCGAAGCAGAUCUACAAAGCCUCUACCAGAUCUUAGCUGCCAGAUUGGGGGCCUGUACCGGUCGUCACUUGGCUCAAUUAUGUCGCUCCGAGUAUCCACCACUCGUCUCUUUCGGACUCUGGAUCAUGACGGAGCUCGCCAUCAUCGGCAGCGACAUCCAGGAGGUACUGGGAUCGGCUGUAGCCUUCAAGCUUCUAUUUGGGUUACCUCUAUGGCUCGGUUGUCUGCUUACAGGACUCGAUACCUUCACAUUCCUGGCCCUACAACGAGCGGGAGACUUUAAAACUCGAUAUCUCGAGAUGUUCUUCUUGCUGCUCAUCGCCACCAUGUGCGUCUGCUUCUUCGCCGACUUCACCAUGAGUGAUCCAGACGGAAUAGAGAUUAUUAAUGGGAUAGUAGAGCCCAGAAUGGACAAACAGAACACCAUGCAGGCGGUAGCGAUGCUGGGGGCCAUCAUCAUGCCACAUAAUAUUUUUCUUCACUCAGCAUUGUAA